UCACACACCGACUCCCGACAUGAAGGUUCUCGUGAUUCUUGCGUUGGUGGGUGCCGCGUGCGCCGCUGCCCUUCCUGUUGAAGAAGCGGCUCCUGUUGAGACAGCAGAUCUUGUGGCGGACCCAGUACCCGUGGCAGAUACUGAAGAAGUUGUACAAGCCAAAGCUGAAUUCAAGACAGCCUUCGCGGCCGCCGCCGCCGCUGCUGCUGCUGACGAGGUCCCUGAAGUGGUUGUUCCCGAAGGUGCUCCCCUCCCAGUGGAAGACACUGCAGAAGUCGCUGCUGCCAAGGUUAAAUUCCAGGCCGCUUUUGACGCCGCUGCAGCUCGUGCUGAAGCCGCCCCCGACACCGACCUGGAUGGUAAAAUCUCCACCUACACCGGCUUCCUCUCCUCCAUCGACGGCAAACUGUCUCCUUUCUACACCAACAGCCUCCCAUACGGUGCCUACGGUAUCCACGCCCCCGUAUUUGCUGGUGGAGCCCCAGUGGUUGUUGGAAACAAGAUAGUUGCUGGAACACCAACAGCUGCAGGAACCCCACUGACCUACAGCGGUCUUGGACUCUCAGCAGCCCAUGGUUUCCCUGGUGCCUAUGGUUUCCCUGGAGCUUAUAGUUUCCCUGGUGCCUAUGGUUUCCCUGGUGCCUAUGGUUUCCCUGGUGCCUUUGGUUUUCCUGGUGCCUACGGUUUCCCUGGUUUUCCCUUCGUACAGGCCCCUGAGGCCAAAGAGUAAAGACCUCGUCUACUUUACUAUGUUAGGUACCUGUGUAUGAGAUUUUUGUACAGCAAAUAACAUUCCCUCAAGACAUCAACCUCCUGUAAAACCCUACAUCUCUCUGAAAUUGAAUUAUUGAAACAACUCUAUGUAAAAAUCAUCCUUCUUAAUAAAAUUUAUGAGCGUG